CCCCAAUUCGCUUCUUUCCUUACUCCUUUUUGCUGUUUCUCAGACUCUGAGCUGUUUUCACUGACUGACCUUUCCCAACAGUUCGCGUCGUCCUCUUCCUCCUUCUCACUAUGAACCCAUCGCAGCAGUCGGCAGGAGGAGCAGCAGGACCAGGACGAGGCUCAACGCAAACGCGCUCGGCGUCGUCCUCGUCAUCGUCCGCUGCUCCAUCGGGUCAACCGGGCGACCAUCCUCUCAAUGAUCACACUGGCCAUGACGAUGACCACGACGAGGCAGCGGCAGCGGGAGAGCUCGACGGCGACGAUGGGCCAGCGCUCAGCCAUGACGAUCGCCGGUCCACUACUACUAUUGCCGCCGCUGCUGCUGCUGCUGCUGCUGCUGCUCCCACUACGACCCAACAAGGCAGCAGUGAGCAUGCAGACAGCAGCCACCAGCGCGGUGGGACUGGCGACGACGAUAGCGACGACGAUGCGGUCGAGCACAGCGAUCCAAUUGCGCGCGCUCAAGCGCUCAGACGUGUCAAUCUCAGCGAGCAGCCAGAUGACAAUCCAGAUCCAAAUGGACCGCUGAGUCAAAACCCAUCUGAACCAAACCGACGAAGGGUAAGACAACCAUCUCGACUGGUUAUGGAAGGCAGCCGGAAACGAGCGUUACUUCGACGGCUGUUGGAGGAUCAAGCUGCUCGUCAGGCCAAUUCUGAGAUUCCUGGAGGAGCAGAAACACGCUCAAAUCGCCGCUUCGAGUCGAGUGCUGCCGCCGCUUCAUCGUCGUCGUCGUCGGCGUCGUCGUCGUCGUCGGCUUCUUCUGCGACGCGCCCGAGUCCGCUCGACCUGCUUCCGUUGCCGCUCGGCUGGGCCGCAAUGCCGUCUGGCGGGCAGCCAACAGAACGACCGACAGAAGUGGCCAUUCAGCACAGAACCUUCUCAUUCUCUGCUCCACCUCCACUUCCACUAGGAGCUGCUGCUGCUGCUGCUGCAGCCGCUGCCGAGAGUGGCUCGGGAUUGCCAACAGCUCUGACAUCUGCGUCCACAAGUGCUGUUCACCCGUCGUCGGCUCGCUUGGGUGCCGCGAUGCCCACACCACAGCAGGCAGUUCCCCAUUGGCGAAACUUGCCUCCGGGAGCUACAUCCAGCAGCAACAGCAACGGCCCCGCCGCCAACGAAGCAACAAGGCCCAGAUCGUCUGCCUGGCAAAUUGACGAGGAUUCGUCCGUCUCCAACAUCAUGGCGUCAUUGUCAGAAAAUCAGACGACCACACUCAGAUCGAACGUGCAGUUGCAAGAAGCCGACAUCCCAGAGGAUUUGGUGUGCCCCGUUUGCCUGCAGCUGAUGGCGGCUCCGUUCAUGUCCACCUGCGGCCACAACAUGUGCCACUCGUGUCUUGAAAAGAUCAUUCAAAAGGCCCUGCCGUGCCCAGUCUGCAAGGCGGACCGCCGCUCACCCAGAUGUUUCCCAACGCACUCGCCCAGCGACUCGCUGAAUCGUACCUGCGCAAUCCUCUGUCCCAGCUCCAGCAGCUCUGCACCAAGUCCUCUUGGUCUCUCCCCGACAUUACGGCAGUGCUUCAAACCCUCGAAAACAAACGCAGGCAACUCGUCGCCUCGGAAGAAUCGAUCGAAACGGAGCUUUUGCACACGUUCUUGACCGAAGCUGAACGCCGAACGAAAGUGGAGGUCUUGCAAUUGGCGAAUCAACUGCGCACCAUCCAAGCUGAUUUGCAAGCUACGACCGAACGCCGAAAUUCCCUCCGCCAGCUGGAAGCCAGUGAAGUGGGCGAUUCGGGCCCGCCCUCGAAGCGAUCUCGACUCGCUGAUGAGGUCCCGGAGCCGACGGAAUCGGCUGCUGUGGCCGACGGGUCACAACCUCGCAACCCAUCUGGUCCGAUUGCGCUGUCCGGAUCUGCUGCGUUUACAUCGUUGGUUUCAGCGGUGCAGAAACCCGCGUACAUGAAAUCGCUGGCACAGCGCAAGAAUCGCGUGUACACAGAGUUUCCCGACUUGCUUCAACACUACUUUGACGCGCAUCGCCGAACACCUGGACGGGCUGUCAACCGCUUCUCCACCAGUCUCUCCAUGUUUACACGCUACGACACAGCCAACGUGCUGACCACUCUCCGUUACGGCGAUGCAGACAACUUUUCCAGCAUCAUUUCCAGCAUUGAGUUUGACAAAGACGAAAAGGUCUUUUCGACGGCAGGUGUUCAGAAGAAGAUCAAGAUUUUUGACUUUGAGACGUUUGCCAAUACCACCUACGUCGACGUGCACUAUCCAGUCUUGGAAAUCACCCUUGAGCACAAGAUCAGCUCGCAAAGCUGGAACCCCUUCAUGCAGUCCGUGCUGGCCGUGAGCGACUAUUCUGGUGCGGUCGGACUGUGGGAUGUGAACACUGGACAAAAUCUCCGCAUCUUCCAAGAGCACGAGAAGCGUGCAUGGACGGUUGACUUUGCCCAGACCGAUCCGACACGACUUGCUUCGGGCUCUGAUGACUCUCGAGUGCUGAUUUGGAGCACGACGGCGGCGCAGUCAAUGCUCAACAUCACCACGCCUUCCAACGUGUGCACUGUCAAGUUCAACCCAGUCAACUCGAACGAGAUUCUCGCCGGCUCUGCUGAUCACUCGGUCUACUUGUUCGAUUUGCGGAACACCAAGCAACCUGCUCGCGUGUUCCAGAGCCAUUCCAAGGCGGUGUCGUACGUCAAGUUCCUCAACUCUAGCGACUUUGUCACGGCUUCGACCGACAGUACGCUGAAGCUGUGGAAUGUCAACAACGGACAGCUGCUCCGAACGUUCUCGGGGCACACGAACGAACGCAACUUUGUCGGCCUGACCACAAACUCGCAGUUUAUCGCAUGUGGCAGCGAGAAGAACGCCGUGGUUGUCUAUUACAAGUCAAUCUCGCAUCCUGCAAUCGAGCAUCGCUUUGACUACGAAGGGGCACCGCCCCAGAAUGACCAAGAUACCUCGCGAUUUGUAUGCGCAGUGUGCUUCCGUGGUCAGUCCAACCUGCUGCUUUGCGCAAACAGCAUUGGCACUCUGCGAUUGAUUGAACUGGCCCAGUCCUCUGCCUCAUGAGCAUGAGCAUGAACCACUCGUGUCGAUUCAAACCUUCUCAGAGAUCCGUGCGUGCUUUCUUUGCUCCGUUGUCUGUACUAUCCAUCAUGUAGUUUAAAAUCCUUGCAAAAUGAAAGACCUUCGAGCACAUUGAAUGUAUUGCGACGAAAAUCAGCAACAGUUGAUUGAUCCAC